GCGCUGCACGCCGGGACGGGCGGGGCUGGGAGGGGCGGCGGGCGGCGCGCGCUUCCCGCCGUGCCCCGGGCGCCAUGGCGGCGUCGCGGCGUGCCGCGCUCUGCCUCUUCGACGUGGACGGCACCCUCACGGCGCCGCGGCAGAGAAUCUCGGCCGACAUGGCGGCGUUCCUGCAGCAGCUGCGCCGGAAGGUGACCGUGGGCGUCGUGGGCGGCUCCGAUUUCGGGAAGAUCAAGGAGCAGCUCGGUGACGACGUGGUUGAAAAAUUUGACUACGUUUUCCCAGAAAAUGGUCUCGUAGCAUACAAAGAUGGGAAAUUCUUGAGCAAGCAGAACAUUCAGGGUCACUUGGGUGAGGACAUACUUCAGGAUGUGAUCAACUACUGCCUGAGUUACAUUGCAAAGAUCAAACUGCCAAAGAAAAGGGGUACUUUUAUUGAGUUCCGAAAUGGGAUGCUAAAUGUGUCCCCCAUUGGAAGAAGCUGCAGCCAGGAAGAACGCAUUGAGUUCUAUGAACUUGAUAAGAAGGAACAUAUAAGAGAGAAAUUUGUAGCUGAUUUACAAAGAGAAUUUGCAGGAAAAGGCCUCACGUUUUCUAUAGGAGGCCAGAUAAGCAUUGAUGUGUUUCCAGAUGGCUGGGAUAAGAGGUACUGCUUAGGAAUUGUUACCAAAGAUGACUACAAGACUAUUUAUUUCUUUGGAGAUAAGACUAUGCCAGGAGGGAAUGACUAUGAAAUUUUCACAGACUCCAGAACAGAAGGCCACAGUGUCACAUCACCAGAAGAUACAAGAAGAAUCUGUGAAGAGCUGUUUUUUAAAUGAAAGACUUUUUUCUUUUAGAUGUUACACUUACUUACAAAACAGUCAAGGCAGCCUAGUAACUCAGAACAUCUCGCUUCAUUCUGUAUUAGCUUUCAUAAUUGGUCAUAAAUAGCAAGUACUUUGUGGAUCAGUCAUUACUAAAGGGAAGUGUUUUCAGUGAGUAGAACCUUCCUGACCAGUAGAGUAUGGCAGAGCUUGUUUGGGACCAUCCUUUCACAGUUUUCAUUGGCACAAGUACUUUGUUUUCUUCUGGGCAGGUUCUUUUCUGAGUCACCAGUCCAAAAGACUUUAUUGUGUCUCAUCUGUUUUCCUGUGAAGUGUUACUUUGGGAACAGUAAUCCACAUUUCUGAGAAAACUAGAUGCUUCUGCUUAGAUUAACCCCCUCCUCCUCUACCAUCAGCACAAGCUCCUUGAGUGUAGACUAACUACGAGCUUGGGCUAAAACAGAGGAUAUAUUGUGCUCAAGAGUAACACAGUUUGACUGCUUGCUUUUGUGUUUAAGAUCUACAGAAGCUCAGGAAAUGAAAAAGUGGUACCUUUAUUAAUGCAUAGUCUAAGAUAUACUUGACAGUAUAAAAUGUUUUACAAAUCUGUGUAUGAAAAGAUGGAGAACUGUGGCUUUCAAUUCUGAUGUCCUUGCUUUUUUUUUUUUUUUUUUUUUGAAAAGUAAACUUCCUUAGCUAACUAACUACUCUUUUGGGGGGGAGGGGGAAUCUGUCUAUAUGUGAUUUAUGGCUGCCUUACAAUUGGCCUACAAAGUUUUAUGCCUAGUUUUGAUUUUGAAGCUGCUAUUUAAAGAUUAUGAAAAUUUUA